AUGGAAACUUUGAAGUUAUCUUACCUGAAGCUUCUCUUCUCUUCUUUUCAGCCUGCCAAGUGGUCUUUCAACUCGCACACAGUUUUGAAGAACAGUGAGCAGGCACCGAGAACUCCAGUGUUUGCUGAAGAAAUUCUUGGUGAGGAGGGCGUUGAGGGUGAAGUUGCAAAACCACCAGAAAAAUCAUUUUGGGCUAAAUAUUGGAUGUAUUUGAUUCCACUUGGAUUCAUAGUCAUGAAUGCAAUGACCCAAGCAAUGAACAUGCCUGAAGAUCAGGCUGGUGGUGGUCAGUCGACCUCCCAAGUACAGCAGUCAGCAGGCGCAGUGCAGCGAGGCCCAAGUUCUGCUGUACGAAGAAGAUGAUGGAUUGUGAAAUCAUUGAUAUCGGAGUGACAGUUCGGUAUUAAUUUGCUCUCUCCUUGGGAUCGUUGAGGUUUCUGAGAGGGUGCAGGAGAGUAUUGUAUAUUAUUCAGUGAUCAUUCAAGUGAAAACAUGGCAUCGCCGUGGUGCCGGAAUGAUGAAGAAGAGCUUUUGGAAGAGCAUCUAGAUAUUUGCUUGCAUUAUUGUGAGAUAAAAUAUUUUUCUGGCUUAAUGACAGUUUAACUGGAUCAGUUGAUUUCUUGUGGAGUUUUCAAAGUCAAAUGAUUUGAUUAGAAUUUUAAAUUUGAGAUUUCUAAUUCGUAUUUAGGAGUAAAAUUAAUGAAAUUGGAUUCGGAUCA